GAAAGAGUGAAAGAAAGGAGGAGAAAAUCGACAGAAUAUCAAGAAAGAGUGAAAGAAAGGAGGAGAAAAUCGACUGUUCCUCUUUCUUUGUCCGGAUUGUGAUUUUCUCUUUUUCUCCUGAAUCUAACUUUCAGAUGGCGAAGGCAGACCAGCGUUUCGGCCAGCGGGACGGCUCCGAUCAGAACUUCGACUACAUGUUCAAACUGCUGAUAAUCGGGAACAGCAGCGUCGGAAAAACAUCCUUCCUGUUUCGCUACGCCGACGACUCCUUCAGCAACUCUUUUGUCAGCACAGUCGGCAUCGACUUUAAGGUGAAGACGGUUUAUCGCAACGACAAGAGGAUCAAACUGCAGAUCUGGGUAAGGAGGACAGAGUUAUAGACGUUUGUCUCAUAGAUCUGAAACAGACCGAAGAUGACGAGGAAACAGAACCUGAAAAACACACAACUGAUGACACAAGCAGACGUACAACCUAACAACACAAAAGGAAGAAUGGGAGAAGAGCGCUGUCUGCACAACUGCCAAUCAUGACGUCAUCAAGAGUUGAGCAUCGACAUAAACACAACUGAGCUGGAACACACUGUUACACACAUAUUAACACAAAUUAACACACUGUUACACACAAAUUAACACACUGUUACACACAUAUUAACACACAUAUGAACACACUUUUACACACAUAUUAACACACAAAUUAACACACUGUAACACACUGUUACACACAUAUUAACACACAUAUGAACACACUGUUACACACAUAUUAACACACUGUAACACACUGUUACACACAAAAUAACACACAUAUUAACACACUGUUACACACAUAUUAACACACAUAUUAACACACUGUUACACACAUAUUAACACACAUAUUAACACACUGUUACACACAUAUGAACACACUGUUACACACAUAUUAACACACAUAUGAACACACUGUUACACACAUAUUAACACACUGUUACACACAGUUACACACAAAAUAACACAUAUUAACACACUGUUACACACAUAUUAACACACAUAUUAACACACUGUUACACACAAAAUAACACACAUAUUAACACACUGUAACACACUGUUACACACAUAUUAACACACUGUAACACACUGUUACACACAUAUUAACACACAUAUUAACACACUGUAACACACUGUUACACACAUAUUAACACACUGUUAUACACAUAUUAACACACUGUAACACACUGUUACACACAUAUUAACACACUGUUAUACACAUAUUAACACACAUAUUAACACACUGUAACACACUGUUACACACUAUAACACACAUAUCAACAAACUGUUUCACACUGUAACACAUUGAAACACGCUGUAACAUACAUAUUAAAACACUGUUACAAACUGUGAACUAAAGUAUUAUACAUAUUAACACACUGUUGCACACUGUAACACACAUAUCAACACACUGUGACAGACUGUGACACACUGUAACAGACAUUUACACACUAUCACACACUGUUACACACUGUAACACACAUAUUAAUACACUGUAACACACUAUAACAGACUGUGCCAAACUAUUACACACAGUAACACACUGUGACACACUAUAACACAUUGAAACAAACUGUAACAUACAUUUUAAAACACUGUUACAAACUGUGACAAACAUAAUAUAUAUAUUAACACGCAUAUUAACACACUGUUACACACUGUAACACACAUAUCAACACACCGCGACACACAUUUACACACUGUAACACACUGAAACACACUGUGACACAACUAUUAACACACAUAUUAACACACUGUAACACACAUUUACACACUGUAACACACUGUAACAGACUGUGCCACACUGUAACACACAUUUACACACUGUAACACACUGUAACAGACUGUGCCACACUGUAACACACAGUAACACACAGUAACACACUGAAACACACUGAAACACACUGAAACACACUGUGACACAACUAUUAACACACAUAUCAACACACCGUGACACACAUUUACACACUGUUACACACUGUGACACACUGUUACCAACUGUAUUUUAGUCUCAUGUCAUUCUUCUGCUCAGAAACAUGAUGUUCAGCUUUAUGUCGACAACAGGAUGCUCGGAUACACACACACACAUUUCUGAGCUCGAGCGUGUAUCAUCAGGGAGGAUGUUGUUGCCAUAGCAACAUAUUUCACACUCACUCACUCUCUUACUGACACACACACACAGACACACGCACACACACACACACACACACACACACACACUAACAGUGCUGUCUGGUGGCAAUUAAAGAGACCUCUUGGUGUGAAGCGGUUAAGAGUCAACGGGGGAGAAGUCUGUGUGUGUGUGUGUGUGUAUGUGUGAGUGUGUGUGUGUGUGUGUGUGCGUGUGUGAGUUUCGGUUGUUUGUGUAGCUCAUCAGCACAGAUUGACUUGAACUGACAGCUCAGCACCAAAACCAAAACGCCACUCUAUAGCCACAAAUAAUGCCACCUACUCUCUUCCAGCAGACGCUUGUUUGUAGAGAGACCUCAGGCCAGUCCAUUACAGACUACAGCGGGGUGCCGCAGCUCAAGGAAGAACAUUUAUGAUCAUUUCUUCAUGGAAAUACAAUCAGACUGAGACGCUAAGACAGAAGAACUACCGCGUCUGUAAAAUGAUCAAUAUGAUGAUUAUUAUGAUUAUUAUUGAUUAUUGUAGUCUGUAAUGGACUGGCCUGAGGUCUCUCUACAAACAAGCGUCUGCUGGAAGAGAGUAGGUGAGUUGUGUUUAGUCUCUUUGCUAAAGAAAUGAGUCAAAGUUAAAAAGAUGUUUGGUGUCUAGUACUAUGUCUGUGACCCUAUAUGUCCUGUUGAUGAAGUUAGGUGCUGUUCUGAGCAUUAGUUGUGGCUAUAGAGUGGCGUUUUGGUUGGGGGCGUGGCUCUCUGUAUUUCUAUCCUGCGGUCGUUACUAAAGUUGGUAUAACUAGAGAAGGAAGCGGUCGACAACAUUCAUCUCUGGAGGGGGCGGGGUCUAACUCGGUGUUACGGUGUUUGACCAUGAAUGAAUUUUAUGCCAGAAUAUCCCUUUAAUAAAUAAUCUAUAAUCAGUAUUGACUUUUUGACAAAUUUACAAGUUUUCUAUUCUAUCCACUUCAUUCGACUCUUUUCUAUUCUUUUCUAUUGCUCUCUGUUCUUCUCUUUUUCUAUUCUAUUCUUUUUUCUUUUUUGAAGCAUGGCGGUCAGACAGGUAUCAGUUCAGGUUUAUCACUGGACGCUCGGUCCCUCAGCUGACGGUCUGGUUUUGGUUUGCAGAUUUAUGGGAUCAUGUUUUAAACGUUCAGAUCUGGUUUUGUUCCUGUCUGUGAUCAGAGUUUUAGUUUUACAGAGUCAGUAAAACAGUAAGUCAGUUUGUGUUUGGCUGUCUUUCCAGGACACAGCAGGGCAGGAGCGUUACCGUACCAUAACCACGGCGUACUACCGCGGCGCCAUGGGCUUCAUCCUCAUGUAUGACAUCACCAAUGAGGAAUCCUUCAAUGCCGUCCAAGACUGGUACGAGUGUGUGAUCUGAGACGAGGGUUUGUGUUUCUGUCAGGUUGAUCCUGAAAUAAAAGUCAAAUGUGUUUCAGGGCCACUCAGAUAAAGACGUACUCGUGGGACAACGCCCAGGUCAUCAUGGUGGGCAACAAGUGCGACAUGGACGAAGAGAGAGUCGUACCUCCAGAGAAAGGGAAACACCUGGCCGAUCAGUUAGGUGAGCUGUCACCGGAAAACGCUUUACCUGAGGUGUCUUAACCGACCCUCUGCUGCUCUGUGUGAAGGACCAUAAUUCACUCCAUGAAAAUCCUGCUGCUGUUAAUUUCCCUCUGGGAUCAAUAAAGUAUUAAUCGAUCGAUCUGUUCGGCAGGAUGCCAUAGAAGAAGAGUGAAUAAAGUCCUCCUGCAGAUUCAGGUGCUGCUCUGUUUCUUUCUCUGGAUAAAAAGACGUUAUGAAUCAUGAUCGCCCACAGUUGACCUUUCUGACGAGGGUGGCUCGACCGUGGGGGGGGGGCAGGAAGUAUGUAAGCCCUCGCACCAGUAGAUGGUAUUUUUAUCACACCUGUGUUGUUCAAUCAGCCGUCUUGUCUUGAGCUCUGGACGUUGCCGAGUAAGACGAUGUUUUCAACUUUUCUCCACGAUAGUCAAUAUUUAGGGGGGGCUGCCAAUGACAAGAAGCCCACCCCAUAUUAUUAAAAACUCCGCCCCCUGUUUCCUGAUGUUCCAUGUACAUGAUCUCUGACUCCGCCCCCUGUUUCCUGAUGGCCUUGUACAUGAUCUCUGACUCCGCCCCCUGUUUCCUGAUGGCCUUGUACAUGAUCUCUGACUCCGCCCCCUGUUUCCUGAUGUUCCAUGUACAUGACCUCUGACUCCGCCCCCUGUUUCCUGAUGUUCCAUGUGCAUGACCUCUGACUCCGCCCCCUGUUUCCUAAUGUUCCAUGUACAUGAUCUAUGACUCCGCCCCCUGUUUCCUGAUUUUCCAUGUACAUGAUCUCUGACUCCGCCCCCUGUUUCCUGAUGUUCCAUGUACAUGAUCUCUGACUCCGCCCCCUGUUUCCUGAUGUUCCAUGUACAUGAUCUCUGACUCCGCCCCCUGUCUCUCCCACAGGUUUCGAGUACUACGAGGCGAGCGCGAAGGAGAACAUCAACGUUCGUCAGGUGUUUGAGCGUCUGGUCGACAUCAUCUGCGUGAAGAUGUCAGAGCGUGUGGACGUUGAGGCGCCGGCGGCUCCGGGGUCAAAGCCCACCAAACUGACCGAUAAGCCCGCCCAGCUACCUCAGAGGUGCUGCUGAUCAUCUGCAGCUACUCAUUUUGCCCCGCCCCCUGCCUCGUAGAAAAAAAUCGUACCAUUCCGAUUUAGUGUCUCCGCUUCAGUCUGUGUGUGAUUGGUUAAUCUUCACUGCGUCGGCUCACAGACUCCUCCCCUAUACGUUCGCGCAGUUAUCCUGACAAAGUUUAAGUUUAUUCGUAACAAAAUUCUGUUUUCCGUGUUUGAAAAAGUCGUAGAGCUGCUGUGGCUAAUUUAGCUGUUAGCGUAAUUAUCUUUUUUUUUUAGCGUCCAGAAGGUUAACGUCGACUCUCUGUGGAUCAGGUGGUUCUAGAAAUUUCGUAAACAUACAAUGAGAACUUCGACACACUGAUCAAACAAUCAGAUCAACGGUUAACUACGAGAUAGUGACAGAAUGCUAGCAGCGAUCACCGUUGCUAGCUAACUAGCUCACAGCUAGUUUGUCAAGAAUCUUGAUCUGUUAAAAAAAAUAAUAAUAAUUAACGAAGUUGAUCCAAUUUAGCUGCGAUAUACCGAUUGAUGAGUGAGAGCACAGAUGAACUUCAGGAACUUUAUUUUGAAAGGCUUUUUAGUUUUUCUAUGAUUGGCUGGUCAUCUUUUAUUGAUUGAUUGAUUGAUUGAUUGGGUCGUCUUGCUAGCAGUAUAAAUGAAAGUGUUAGAUUUAUUUCUGGUUUCCUCAGAACUCGUAAAGAUUUUCUCCGUUUAAAUCGUGAAAACAGAAUAAAGUUUCAGUUCGACUGUAAAAGAUCGGGAUCCAGUUUUAGUUCUCAGCAGAAAGAUAGUUCUCAGUCGGUUUGUUUGUUUGUUUGUUUGUUUGUCUGUUUGUUUGUUUGUUUGUCUGUUUGUUUGUUUGUCUGUUUGUUUGUUUGUCUGUUUGUUUGUUUGUUUGUUUGUUUGUGUUGUUUGUUUGUCUGUUUGUUUGUCUGUUUGUUUGUUUGUUUGUUUGUCUGUUUGUUUGUUUGUUUGUUUGUUUGUUUGUCUGUUUGUUUGUCUGUUUGUUUGUUUGUUUGUUUGUUUGUUUGUUUGUUUGUCUGUUUGUUUGUCUGUUUGUUUGUUUGUUUGUUUGUUUGUUUGUUUGUUUGUUUGUCUGUUUGUCUGUCUGUUUGUUUGUUUGUUUGUUUGUCUGUUUGUUUGUCUGUUUGUUUGUCUGUUUGUCUGUUUGUUUGUUUGUUUGUGUCUGUUUGUUUGUCUGUUUGUUUGUUUGUUUGUCUGUUUGUCUGUCUGUUUGUUUGUUUGUUUGUUUGUCUGUUUGUUUGUCUGUUUGUUUGUUUGUUUGUCUGUUUGUCUGUUUGUUUGUUUGUUUGUCUGUUUGUCUGUUUGUCUGUUUGUUUGUUUGUUUGUCUGUUUGUCUGUUUGUUUGUUUGUUUGUCUGUUUGUCUGUUUGUUUGUCUGUUUGUCUGUUUGUUUGUCUGUCUGUUUGUUUGUCUGUUUGUUUGCUUGUUUGUUUGUCUGUUUGUUUGUCUGUUUGUUUGUUUGUUUGUUUGUUUGUUUGUUUGUCUGUUUGUCUGUUUGUUUGUUUGUUUGUUUGUUCGUUUGUCUGUUUGUUUGUUUGGCUGAUGAAGGUCGUUCCUGAAUUUCUCAGUGUGAGGUUCGCUCUCUCCUUCAUUCUUUCCUGUUUGUGUUCAGAGCUUUUCUGGAAAGCCUAAAAACACCAAAAUGUAAAUUUGUUUGGAGUGCUGCUGCUGCUGCUGCUGCUGCUGCCGGAGGAGCUGAAGAUAAAGCACAACACUGCCUCUCCCCUAAACAAGGAGAAACUCUCAGCUGCUCACCUGUUUACCGGUGGAUUCAUGCUGACCCAGCAUACGAGUCCAUUUUCAGAUAGUCUGCCAACAGCCCUCCAACUCUCUCUGGCCUUAUUUACUGAAAAAAUAAGUUUGACAGCUUCACCACCAAUGCAGGGUUAGGGUGAACAUGAGGGGUCGAGUCGAGAAGGAAACAUGUCCUAAAAACUGUCCACACCCAAGUCCAAGACUUCACUCUGGAGUUUUCAACAGAACAAAGUCAAACAGAGAUUCUCGUCCAAGUUCAUUUAAGACAAAACGUUUAAGAGUUUAACCCCAACUGUAAAAACUAAAUCUGUAAAAACAUCUAAAUGACCUUGAAUGUCAUUAAACAACGUAAUUACCUUAUUUAUUAACUUCACACAUGAACCUUUUACAGAAGCGACAACGAGAUCAGAGAGACGUGAACACAAACUGACAGAGCCUCGGUCCAGCUCAAGGCUGAAGGCUGCUGCCCUGCUUCAUAGCCUCACACACACACACACAGACACACACACACACACACACACACACCACCUGUGUGUAAGCGGCAGUGUUCCCUCCUUCCACUUUAGCAUUUGUAGUCCUAAAGCUGUCAGUGUUUCCUUUAUGAAUAUCUGUGUUUGUGUGUGUGUGUGUGUGUGUGUGUGUGUGUGUGUUUGUGUGUGUGCUUGUGUGUGUGCUUGUGUGUGUGUGUGUGUGUGGGGGGGUGGGGGUUCUCUCUUUGCGUUUGAUUAUCAUGAUAUUUAUUGUGUGUUUAAUAGUGAGGCUUCUUGUGUUGUGCACAGUAUCUUUGAUGGAGGUGUGAUAUUUUGAUAGUGUGUGUGUGUGUGUGUGUGUGUGUGUGUGUGUGUGUGAGAGAGAGAGUGAAAGGUAGGCUGAAGAGGAAAAAAUGAGCAUUAAUUAUGAUUAUUAUAAACAGAAUAAAAAAGAUCCUGCCCAGUGGUUCUGGAGCUUCAUCAGCGCUCGUUUCUGUGACAAACUCCGUCAUGUGUCUUCAGAUGAUAAAAAAUAUACAAAAAUAUCAAAAAUGUCUUCAUCUGAUUAUUUUUGAAGUGACUUUGUAAAUGAUAGAGUUAGACAUUUUCUGGUGUUAGUAUGAAUUUAUUUUUAUGACGUGUAUAUUCAUGGACAAACUGAAUAGAGAGUUUCUGUAAACUUGUGGUCUUAAAGUUUUUCUCUCGUUCUUCAGGAGAAGCACAAUGUGAUUGUACAAAAUAUUGUGAAUGUUUGUAUAUUAUAGAUGCAAUUUAGUAUCAUAAUAAAAAUAAUCUCUAAUCAUAAAA